CGGAAAUGGGCGAAAGUUUGUCUGCCUUCUCCUAUCGACGUACACUGGAUCACUAAAAGAUCCAAGAUACUGCCAUGUCCAGAAGUUGUGAGCUCAUUUCCGUGGCCUGACACAUCUGAAUUUGAACAGAGAUGCCGGCUAGGAGCUCCCCCCCACUGGUGACAGGAGUGUCGCCCAAGGAAGGACCCCCAGGCACGCGUAUCACCAUAAGAGGAGAGAAUCUAGGAUAUGAUAACAAUGAUCUUAUAGGAUUAAAGAUUUGUGGUGUUGACUGCUUGUUGUCAUCGGAAUGGAAAUCUCCCAGUAAGAUAAUUGCCAGAACAGGUCCAGGGAAGGGCAAAGGAGAUGUGAUUGUUAUCACAAAGUCUGGUGGACAGGGAAGCUGUACUGUGGGAUUCAAAGGCUACUUCGUACAGAUAGGCCCCCUCCAGGAAUCUGCCAUUUGGAUUGAGGAAUCCCAGAAUGUGAUGUCUAAUAUGCGACAUGGACGUCCACAGUCACCUUUAUUCUCAAAAGAUGAUGAAGAUCCACUUGGAAUUGCAGAUGAAGGCAGUCAUGCCAAGUUUACAGAGGAGGAAUUGGCAGAAAUAUUUCCAGAAUCAUCAGGAAACAUGUCCUUGGAGAACUUCUCGUCCUCCUGGUAUUUACUGGAGAACCACCACAACACUGGUUUUGAGGACCUGAAGGCUGGGUUGGCCCAUAUGAAGAGACGAGCUACUCAGCGGUCAGAAGGUCCCAUCGCUUUUGUCAAGUCCAACCUGUCUUCCACCCUCGACUGUCUCGACAGCUUGGAAGCUAUGUAUGAAAAGUACUGUAGUGAUGAUAUUCGGGGUCAGUCCAUCAACUCGUACGCUGUGUUACUCAUGCAGGCAAAAUCCUGUGCAGAUGGCCUCUUCCAGGAAGUACUUGGGAGGAAAGAUAAAGCUGACUCUACCAGAAAUGCUUUGAGUGUUCUCCAGCGCUUUCGGUUUCUCUUCUAUCUUCCUCUCCAUAUAGAGAGGAACAUCCAGAAGGGAGAUUAUAACCUAGUCAUCAACGAUUAUGUACGAGCCCGGUCAUUAUUUGCCGAUACCCAAGUUCAAGUCUUCAGAAAAGUUUAUACAGAAGUGGAGUCAAGGGUGAACUCUUUCCGUGAAAUGUUACAGAACAAGUUAUAUGAACUUCCCAACACACUGGAGGAGCAGAAGAAACUAAUACGAUACCUGAACAACCUGGAGUGUCCAGGUGAGCCAGCCUGGGAAUGUCUCAUCAAUCAACAGAAAUGGCUUCUCACCAUUCUACACAUGUGUAAGGAUAGGCAUAUUGAGGAAGAAAUGAGGAAUAUACAGAAUGACCCAGGAAACCUCCUCCAUAGUCCAGGCUACAACAAAUUCCGUACCCCACAGAAAGUGUCCUUUAUAGAGGAGUUAACAGAGCUGGUUACAGACAAUUUCCCUGAUCUCUGGAAAUUGGGACAGGCAUUCUUCUCCGGGUCUCUAUUCACAAAAGAGUCUGGUGAAAAAACCUUUAAAGUAGAUGCAGUAAAGCAUAGCAAAUUUAAGCAAAUGAUCACAGGUAUAAUAGCUGUGUUUGCUAACCUGGUACGAGCCUCCUUUCUACCUGAAUCUUUAGAGAACAUUCCGCCGGAAGAACGUGCACAGUAUGGGGUUUGGCAGAGUGCCAAACAAGACAUUUCUGGAGCAUGGCUUCCUAUCUGUGUCCGCUACAUAAGAAACUGUGUGAGUUCCUUGACACAGUUAGAUCUGCCUGGAGAUUCGCCAAGUCUGGUCACUGAUUUGGCAUUGGAUAUGAGGACUAACUGUAUGCUUACACUGCUGAAACAGGCCAUCGCAGACGUACAGCAGCUACACACCAAGGAGACCUGGACAGUGGAGACAGAUGACGAGUCUGGGGGCACUACGCAACUGCCGGCAUUAUUUGAGAACAUUGUGAACGAAACCAUUCAGCAUCUACAUGAAGUUGUAGUCCAGAACAAACCAGGAGAACCAGAAAUAUUCAGCCAAAGAACUGUGCAGAAAGAUGCUACCAUACUGUGUACUCAGCUGUUACAGGCUUUCGCGCCCUGUCUCAAUUGUCUGGCUUUCACCCCUCCACCUGUCACUAAUAAUAAAACGCUGAGUCGGCCAAACAGAUCUUCUGACCCCAACAGUGAUGUCAGUGAGGAGGGAGUUCUACCAUUGGAUAAACGACUUAUCAUCAUGCUCAGCAACUGUAGCCAUACCAUGGAAAGGGUUCUACCCAGACUUGUGGAAAACCUCAACAAGCUUGGCUAUGUAGAAAUGAAUAAAGCAUUGAAGACAGCUGAGUUGACAUAUCAGGAACUCGAUGAUAAGCUGUUUGAGGCAUAUGUGGAGGAGAAAUCUAACCCAAUUGUAGGAACCAUGGAACAGAACAUGUACAGUGGCAAGUUUGAUUGGAAGGCCUGUAAAAAACCAUAUGGCAUCAGAAAUUAUCUGAAGGAAGUGAUAAUGCAGAUGAUAGAAGUGCAUGCUGAGGUGUUUGCUGUUUCUCCGUCUUUCGUAACAAGGGUAACAAAGAAUGUGAUUGAGGCUGUUGCUGAGGAGAUGUCACGGCUGGUAGAAUGUAUCACAGAAUUCUCACCUAAUGGCGUACUCCAGGCCAGACUUGAAGUGCUUGCCCUACAGGAGACAGUCCAACUCUACCAAACACCACAUGCUAGCGAGUGUUUCCAGGAAGCCUUAGACGCACUACCAGCCAUCAAACAGGAUGACAAGAGAAUUGUUGAGGAGUUACUGAACAAAUUCAAAUCUCAGAUGAAAAUUCAGCUGAUGUGCUUCUACAGUGAUAGUUUACUAUUGUGACAGAAACUCGAACACGGCCUGAUCAGUGAGGAAUGCCAUGUGUGUUACGAAGUUUAAUUGAACAUAUUUCUGUUAGAUUUAUUUCAAUGUUAUGCAGGUUUGAUUGUGUAAGAGAAGAAGAGGCUUUCAGAUUGUUAACUGUUGGCUCUACUUUUGUCUAAGAUUGUUACCAUCAGCAUGACUAACAUUUUUCAUACAUCAUUGUCAUGACCAAAUAUGGAAGUAAGUUUCCUUUAUUCCUGCAGUACUGAUUAUGCUUAGAUUGAAUGUCAGUUUAGAUCUAAAUAACGGUGUCCACAGAAAUCCGUUAAAGAUAUUGGAGUUUUAGAAAGAAUUUAUAAAAACAUCAACCAUCAUCAUGUCUAUUGCAAAACCUUUGUACUAAUGUGUGAAAGUCCUACUAACUGACUGAUAUCUCUGGGAUUUGUGUUUACACCUUUAAGUAAACCUUAGUUCUGUAAGUCGUAUAAGAGAAUCCUUCCUUAUGUUUAAAUUUCAGAUCAACCCAUUGUAACAAGUACAUGUAUUUUAGUUUUCCUUGUAAAUAUAUUUAUAACCUAUAUAUGUAAAGUGUAUCUUUCAGAUACAUUUUAAAUUGUGUAUACCAUUGAAAAAUUUCAUCAUCUCUUGUGAACUUUGCUAGUGUGUUCAUCAUCUCUUGUGAACUUUGCUAGUGUGUUCAUCAUCUCUUGUGAACUUUGCCAGUGUGUUAUUGAUUCUUGCAUUUGUUUCUAAUAGUUCAUCAACCAAUGGAAUUCAAAAACUGAAAGCAAGUUAAAGUGAUUUUGAAAAAGCUUAAGUCAUUCAAAGAAAGAUUUAAUUAAGUUCAAGUAGGAAGGAUACUUAUGUAAGGUAGUAAGUUAGGUUAGAAUGAAUACUAGUCACUGUAUGUGAUGCAUAAUGUUCCAUAAUUUUACACAUUUAACAUUUGCUUACUGUAUUUUCAUUCCAUGUUAAGUGCAAUAAAAUUAAAUAUAUGUAAAACAUCA